AUGCUGAGUACCUUGGACAAGAUUGGAAUCUGGGUCUUAACUGGCUUUCUAGCCAUUCUUACAAUCUUUUCCAAUCUCUAUAUCUUACUAGUGAACCAGCGAAACUGCAGAAAGAACCACCUACAUUUAUGCCCAGGUGACACUAUAAUGACUGGUAUAUCUAUCAGUAGUAUUGGUCAUCAAGUCCUCUCUUACUUGUGGCUGACAGUGGUUCAGGUGGACAUAAAUUGUAUGUAUGCCACUGUGGAAUCCAUUCUGUUGGUGUUAGUUUUCUCUCUGAAGUUCUCAAUAAUGUGGACCACUGCCUUCCUUACCUUUUUUUAUAGCACCAAGCUUGUGAUUAAGCCUAUCCACUGCUACACACACAUUCAGGAGGCUAUUCUAAAGCAUGUUCUCACUGUAGUGAUUGUAAUUUUUGUGUGUGGCUUUACCAAUUGUUUGCCACUUUUAAAUACUAUGACAUUUCACAACAGUAGUGCUGGAACCACUGACUGUGGUAAAAUCAUACCAGAUGGGGCUGUAGGAUAUGGCUACAUUAUUUAUCUUGUCAUCAGUGCGGACAUCAUUCCAGGUAUACUGAUGAUCAAAUGCAGUAUCUCCAUCUCAUAUCACCUGUCUGUACAUCUACGCCACAUGAAAGAAAGCACCAAUGGCACCCAUGCACCAAAGCUGGGUACUCAGAUGAGGGUGAUCAGGAUGAAUCUUUCCUUGGUGGUGGUGUUCCUUUGUUUUCUGGUUGUAGAUCUUUAUACUCAGUCAACAGUAGUCUUGAAAAGUGAAAACAACAUGGGCUUAUCCGUUCUUUUCACCACACUUUAUACCACAGUCAGUGGAUUUGUGCUGAUUUAUGGAAAGAAGAGCUUCUGGAAAGAAAUGCUUCACUGGUAUAACCUCUUUUUAGAUGAGUACUCUUGUUUAAGUUGUAUGAAAGUACCAGAGGGUAAGACUGUAACGCACACUGCUCCAAAGCAUUGA